AUGAAAACAUUUGAUUGCUCUUCUGAUCACACUCGAUCAUUUCCAGCUUUUGAUACUCAAAUAAGGUUUAUUAAUCUUCCUUAUGUAGACCCUCCUUCACUGCAAAAAUCUAAAGUUUCCAGAGAAAAACUUGUGACUGAUCAUAGAGGGAGUUACAAACCUCAUGUUAAAGAAGCUAUUAUUAAGAAUGUUCUUUCAAACACUAACUCAGCUCCACUUGCUGGGUUGGUGUUUGAUAUGUUUUAUUUUCUUGGUCUCAUGUUGUACCUUCCAGGUCAAGAAGAUGAAGUUGGAAGAGAGUUUUUAGCGUUUGAUUCUGAUUAUAUAAUUCCUGGUUAUGCUAAUCCAAUUCCUAGCAGAAUUUUGCCUUUGUUUUUGUUUAACGAGUAUGGUGGUUAUGAUACAUUUGUGAAGCAUGGAAGAAGAUUCAAGGAGACCAAAGGGAUUAUUAUCGACACUUACACAGAGCUGAAGGCCCAUGCUACUAAGUGUUUGUUGAAUGAUCUUGAAGACAAUAAUUUACAUCAUGUUUACACAGUUGGGCCGCUUAUUGAUGUGAAGGGGGAGAGUGUUAAGCUAUGUUUCGGUGAUGAUUCAGAAAGAGAUGAGAUCAUGAAAUGGCUUGAUGAUCAACCUGAUUCAUCAGUUGUUUUCUUGUGCUUUGGAGGCCUAGGGAGCUUUGAUGAAGAGCAAGUGAAAGAAAUAGCACUCGAGCUGGAGCAAUGUGCUCACAAAUUCUUGUGGUCUUUACGCAAGCCGCCACCAAAGGAUAAAUUUGAAGGGCCUAGUGAUUACAAAGGUGAUCUCCAGGAAGAAUUACCAAAUGGGUUCCUGGAGAAAACAAAUAAGACUGGUUUGCAACAGCUUAUUGCAUUCCAAAUGGUGAAAGAUUUGGGAUUGGUUGUGGAGUUGAGAUUGGAUUAUAGAAAUACUAGUGGAGAAGUUGUGUUGGGAGAUGAGAUAGCAAGAGCUGUAAAAUGUGUGAUGGACACUGAUAAUGAAGUGAGGAAGAAGGUCAAAGAAGAGAGUGAAAAGAGCAGAUUAGCAGUGAUGAAUGGUGGAUAUUCAUAUGCUGCAUUUGGACAAUUGAUUGAGGAUAUAUUAGGAAACAUGCCAUGA